UUGAUAAAUAAGAUGCUUGACUUGGUUGGAAAGUUUGAUACAGAAGGCAGUGUGGUUGGACAAGUUUAUUUGGUAACUAAUGUGAUCACCAAGAAAAUAUUCACAGUGAAUAUUAUAGACAAACAAUGCACUUGUUUGCAAUGGCAGCUAAGGGGAUUCCCUUGUCAACAUGCUGUAUGUGCAUUGAAACUGCUGAGGCCAAACUGGAAAGAUUAUUGUGCUCCUUACUAUUCUGUGGAGUAUUAUAGGACCACAUAUGCAAAUGCUGCCACACCCUUAGAAGACAUAACUGAAUGGUUAUGGGAAGAUAAGGUAGAUUUAUAAACUUUAUUGAAUGUGGUGCAUUUACUUUUCAAGAUAUUAGUUAUUUAUUUUUCUCUUUUCCCUAUUUAAGAAUCAAACCCUUUAGGGUUUCAUUACUUUAACUUUCUCAUUUGUUUUCUCUUCUUCUGGCAGGCAACCAUGAACGUCAACGUAAACCCUCCUCCUUAUCAGAGAAAAACUGGAAGACCAGCAAAGAAGAGGAAGAGAAGUUAUGAUGAACCUGAAACUGUGGUGAAGAAAAGGAAGUGUGGAAAAUGUGGAUCUAUUGCUGGCCACAACAAGAGAACCUGUGCUGGUGGUGAUGUUGGUAAAAACCAAACUGGAUUCAAGCCAAGCACUGAGUAUGAUGCUGCAAACUGCACCUUCACACAGAGAGAUCAGCCUAAAAGUAGCAAUGCAAGGGGUAAAGCCAAGGUGAACAGAUCCAGAGGUACAUCAUUUUUUGUUGGUGAGUCAUCUGCAGGACCUAGAACUCAAGGAAGACCAGUAGCAGGACCUAACACUCAUGGAUCUACACAAGAUAAUCAAAAUUUCAGUCAGAACUUUGCUGGUAUUGGAUCUGUCAGUCAACAUCUUUCUGUCACAAAGGGAAAGCAAACCAAGGCUAAGAAGACUAGGAAGUAGAAGUGUGUGUGCUUUAUUGUUUGUUUUAGAUAUGUUGUGGACAAGUAUCUAAUUGAUGGUUAGUUUUUUUGGUUGCUUUAGACACUGAUUCUGGUAUGGACAUGUAUAUGUACCAGAAAUCAGUUUUAUUUUGAUGGGAUAAUCUUGCUUUAUGAAU